UGUCAUCUCUAUCACGUAGGGCAAGUCAAAACACGUCUAAACUCAUGCUCCUAGUCUGGACGCCCGUUUUCCUUGUGUUAUCAACACUACGUCUACAACAGCAAAGUAAUGCAGACCAAUCUUGCCCAACAUAUCCUUUCAGAGAAGGAAGGCGAACGCUCAGGAUGCUAGAUAAAACGAAGCGCGAUGUGAUACCAAGAAACGAAAAAAGAAUUGAAAGCCAAAGGUAUAUGUCUCAACUGCCAAGUCUAUUUAGACUCUAUCACACCGCGCUCCAGUACCGAGGGGUCAAAUUUGAUUUCAAAGUUGAAAGAGUGAAUAGCAAGCUGCCAGUUAUUACAGGUAUAGGAAGUAUCGAGGAGAAUCGAAAGAGCGAGAAUUGGAGUAAGUACACUUGGUACUUGAGAGGGAGCAGUAGCUGUAGCCUUGAGAAAGUUCGUGAAUACAAUCGUCGCUAUAACCUCCGAUACAACGUUCUUACUAACAACUGUCAGAAUUAUACAACAAAACUCAUGAUGUUCCUGAGAAGAUGUAGAUGUUAGUUUAGCUUUCUGAUACACAUUUGUGAAACUUUCUUUCAAUGCUAGUAUUCAUUGAACUAGAUGGUUCUAAUCACUA